AACGAGAAUACUUAGGUACAAUACGUAAAUAGACCGAACUGGCAAACGUCACGAGCUGAUUUUGAGGAGCCUCUUUAUUAUUUUGUUUUGAUUUAAACCUUUCUCUUUGCAUUAGUCGUGUAGUCCUGGUGCCUUCAUGGUGAUCCGCUAUUCACAAGAUUGUCGAGCAUUCGACGAUAUGAGCGGCCUUAGUCCUUAUGAGGCUCUUAAGCAAAGAUUCUCGCGAAUAUGUGCAACUCAAGAGCAACUUCAAGAAGUUAAGUACGUCUUCCGCAACGAAAUCAAUUCUCCUCGGUUAUUCGUUCGUAUUAUCACGCCGCAUGAUUUGUUAUAUACCUUGGAACAACGAGAUUGUCUGUCCGAAGACAACAUUGAUUUUUUCUAUAAAAUAAGUGAAAUACAGUCCUAUAAUGUUCUAACUGAAGAGCUUAAAAGGUAUCCGCUUAUGAAACUGGGAAGCUCCAUAAGUGGGGAUAAUAUUUACGCAUCGGAACGAAUCGCCGACAUCACUUCGUCUAGGAGAAAUAUCGAUGUUGGUUCUACGAAAGCAUCUCUCAUCAAUCCCUUGGAUUACACACAAUUUGAAAGCAGGAAACGAGAUGCAAUAUACAAACUAAUUGCUGGUGACAUUGGUAGAAAGUGGCGUGAGUUUGGUCGGAACCUUGGAAUCAAAGAAGGCGAUAUGGACAGCUUGGAUUGCCAAUUUCCCAGAGAUUUUAAAUCGAAAGUUUAUGGUCUGUUUAAUCUGUUCGAGUCGGAGGAAUAUCAGGAUCCUAAACGAUAUGUGAGCAAAAUAUGUGAAUCUCUGGAAGAGUGCCGGCGUAAUGACCUGAAGCGUAAAGUUUUUGAAAUUUUAGCACGCGAUUAAGUAAUACGAAGCUUAAGUUUAUUUAUUAGCAAAUUUUAAGUUGUUUUUAAAUAACAUUUUCUCUCCUUUGAAAACUACGAAACAUCUUAAAAUCUACUUUACAUGGAAUAAACAAGUGUUCCUAGUGAGA